AUGAAAACGACCGGCGACGAUGGUCUGUCGAGUCAGCCAGUCAUAGGACUCUCGGAGAAAGUGAUCGGGAAGAUGAAGGAGAAAGAGGACCGGGCCGGAGGACUACUAGGACAACGAAAAUCAAGCCUGAAUAGCAGCAGCAGCAGCAGUAGCAGUAGCAGUAGUAGCAGCAGUGGUCAAGAUGUCAAGACAACAACAACCAAGGAGAACACGAUCAGUCAGGCUGGAUUCGAUGGCGCAGGGAAAUAUCUUCUAUCGGGAGGCAUAGCCGGCGGAGUCUCCAGAACAGCAACGGCGCCAUUCGAUCGGCUGAAGGUCUAUCUAAUCACCGCCCAACCGAGAAUGAAUGAGGAGCGGACGAGUCGAACAGUAAUGGGCAGAGGGGGCAGCAUGACGAACCUGAUGGAGUCACUCAAGUCGAUCUACAACGAACAUUCCAAAUGCCAGAUCAACGCCCAUCACCCAAAGCCGCAUUCCUGGGGUCUCCGUACCUUCUUCAUCGGAAACGGCCUCAACGUCAUCAAGGUCUUCCCCGAAUCCGCCAUCAAGUUCUUCGUCUACAAGGUGGCAAUGGGCCGGGCUUGGGCCCAAAAAUAUUGCUCAAACCCGCCCUGCUGUGAGAGGGCUGGGGGGACCCCAGCGUCCCACGGGCACCUCGCGAAGCGAGCCUCCGAAGGAGGGGCUUGCAGCCAAAGUCCGAAAUUCCAAGUGGCCGGUUUCACCAUUUUGGUGGGUGGAAUCUGCCUCCGAUUUUUCCCUGUCACCCCUUGGCUAAGACCAUCUCCACCGCGGGUCUGGAGAGGGACCGAGGAUGAAAUCCGUAAAAUACGGACGACGAUGGGGACCGCGGUGGGCGGCGUUUUUUGGGCCGCGGUCCUUAAAUGCGGGAUAGGGACCCAAUUUAGGGACCGCGGUGGAGAUGGUCUAAAAUCCAUGGCCGAUGAGAUCGUUGAAACGGCCUUGAUCCAGCGCCUAUGGCCAACAAACAAUCACUUGCCAUUGGGCUUCCAACCCCUUGCCAUCCUGGAUUGA